AUGACGAAGAAGGGCCCCCAGAGAUUCCAAUCUCUCAAAGCCUUUCCGGGAUCCUCCCUAUUAGGAUUCGGGAAAACCACCAGCUUCAAAUUGCUGACGAUCCGGGACAAGUCUCUCUUAACAGUAUCCCAAACAGGUUCCGUUAGUGUGUUUGGAGGCAAACCAAAGCCAAAUAUUGAAAUACCGCCACCAGACUCUGAAGAGAGAGGAGGGAGUUGUGGAAUUGUGGAGAGGACUGAAGGGACAGGCGCCAGCUUCGGAUUGGUGGGUGAAGGGAGAUUGGAGGGGAUAAAGGAGGGAGGGGACAGCAGAGGAUAA